AUCAUUUUGUGUAAAAGGAAGAAAAUCAUUGGAAUAUUAACUCUUCGUCUUUGCCUACAAGCUUGGACUUCACAAUAAACUGGAAUCUCUCUUGACCACCUACCUUUCUUUCCACUUAAACAAAUAACAAACCGUCCAAAAACAGACGAUCGCAACCUCAGGGCUGCGGUCACCGGAAUCCGUCACAACGUUUUCCAAUCUCCUCAACUCGGUUCACCACCCCUUCGCAGGAGCCCGCUGUGCCGCUAGCGGAGCGGCAGCGGACUCAACCUUUACGCGUUAAGUGUAAAGGUUCUCAGCCAGUCAAUCAUUAGACAGAAAGAGACAAAAGGGUCUCAGAGGAGAAAGCAUGGCGCCGCACGCCGAGGAGAAAGACGGCGCUGACUCUGCGUAUGGUGGUGGUGGUGGUGGUGGUGGUGUUGGUGAUGAUCGCAACGGCAACGUCGGCCACGGGCUAUCGGCUGGGACCAACAAUGACCAAGGGGUGCCCCUCUUCACGGUCGACUCGCCCAACGUGCAGUACACGGACACGUCCAUCCUGUCCAAGUACACGUACCGCACGACGAGUGUCACGCGCUCCUCGUCCUCGUCGUCAUCGUAUGUGGCCACCCCACGCGAGACGGUGUACAACUUCAAGACGGACCGCCGCGUGCCCAAGGUAGGCAUGAUGCUCGUGGGCUGGGGCGGCAACAACGGCAGCACGGUGACGGCGGCUCUCCUGGCCAACCGCCGCAAGCUGACCUGGGACACGCGCGAGGGCCCCCGCGCGGCCAACUACUACGGCAGCGUGGUCAUGGCCUCGACCGUGAAGCUGGGCACCGACGACGCCACGGGCCAGGACGUCAACGUGCCCUUCCACAACGUGCUCCCCAUGGUCCACCCCGAUGACCUCGCUGUCGGCGGCUGGGACAUCAGCUCCGCCGACCUGGCGGCCUCCAUGGACCGCGCGGGCGUGCUCGAGCCCACGCUCAAGGGCCUUGUGCGCAAGGAGAUGGCCGCCAUGCGCCCGCUGCCGAGUAUCUACUACCCGGACUUCAUCGCCGCCAACCAGGCCGACAGGGCUGACAACGUGCUGCCGGGCCAGCGAGCCUGCAAGGCGCACGUCGAGCAGAUCCGCGCGGAUAUCCGUGCCUUUAAGGAGACACACGGCGUCGAACGCGUCGUCGUGCUGUGGACCGCCAACACGGAGCGGUAUGCCGACGUGGUCGAGGGUGUCAACGACACGGCGGACCACCUGCUGGCGGCCAUCGAGGCGGGCCACGCCGAAGUAUCGCCCUCGACCGUGUUCGCGGUGGCGUCCAUCCUCGAGGGCGCGCCUUUCAUCAACGGCAGCCCGCAGAACACGUUUGUGCCCGGCGCGGUCGAGCUGGCGUCCCGGCACGGCGCCUUUGUCGGCGGCGACGACUUCAAAUCUGGACAGACCAAGAUGAAGUCGGCGCUGGUGGAUUUCCUCAUCAGCGCCGGCAUCCGGCUGACGAGCAUCGCGAGCUACAACCACCUCGGCAACAACGACGGCCGCAACCUCAGCUCCCAGGCCCAGUUCCGCAGCAAGGAGAUCUCCAAGUCCAACGUGGUCGACGACAUGGUCCAGGCCAACCACGUGCUGUACAAGCCCGGCGAGCACCCGGACCACACCGUCGUCAUCAAGUACAUGCCUGCCGUGGGCGACAACAAGCGUGCCCUGGACGAGUACUAUGCCGAGAUCUUCAUGGGCGGCCACCAGACCAUCUCCAUCUUCAACGUCUGCGAGGACUCCCUCCUCGCCUCACCCCUCAUCCUCGACCUCGUCCUCCUCACCGAGAUGAUGACCCGCGUCCAGUGGAAGCGCGACGCCGAGUCCGACGGCCAGUACAAGUCCUUCCACAGCGUCCUGUCCGUCCUCAGCUACAUGCUCAAGGCGCCCCUCACGCCCCCCGGCACCCCCGUCGUCAACGCCCUGGCCAAGCAGCGCGCCGCCCUGACCAACAUUUUCCGCGCCUGUGUCGGCCUCGAGCCUGAGUCUGACAUGACCCUCGAGCACAAGCUGUUCUAAGCGCCACAGAGUUGCCCUUUUGGUGUCUUGUUUUUGCCACGCUCAACUGAUCUCUUUUCUUUCUUUGGGAUGGGCGGCGGCUGCGGCUGCGGCUGCUGCUGCUGCUGCUGCUGCUCCUGUGCCCUGAAGAUGUUUCUCCCAACCGGGAGUCUUCUUCUCCUUUCCUGACGGCCGGAGAGGGCUGAUGUUCAAGAGUCUUUUCGCUUCUCUGUGCUCCAGCCUGUCGCAUACCUCGACAGCCUCUGCCUCCCUUUUCUAUUAGCUCCACUUAGAAGAAAAUACACCCACAGUCUUUACCGCUUAAGCAAUG